UGCUAUAGGGUUACUUUAAAGUUCCCAGCAAGGAACUGAUGCAUCGAUAGUUCAGCAGAGUGGUUCCCAACCUGAGGCCAGGUUUCUCUAUAGGGGGGCACAAGGGUUUGUCUGCCUCAGAAUGACUAAAAUCCUGAUAAUACACUGGCUAGAUGAUGUGUAAUGAAUUAACUUUCCUCAUCAGAGAACAUUAAAAUAGUUUAUUUUUGACAGCAGUACAUCACUCUUUUUCUGUAAGGGUCUUAGUAGAGCCUUCUACAGUAAAGCAGAGGUGCUCCAAGGAAAGGGGGUCUGAGACCACUGGUGUAGCAUAUGUUAGGGAUGACCACCUUUGCCUUGGAAGUCACGGCAAAAUAAGCUUUCCCAAGAAAUGUUGUGGCAAGAAACGGAUCAAGUCAACUCUCAAGAGAACGUCAGGAAAGAAAAAUCAGAAGAUGAAAAACAAGGAGCCACAGGACACAGACUCCUCAGAUGCUGAUGAGAACUUCUGUAUUGUUUGCAUGGAACACUUUAAUUACUCAAAGCCAAAUGAAGGCUGGGUUCGAUGUAUGGCCUGUAGUCUGUGGGCCCAUGAAGCCUGCACUCCAGGAGUGCCAUACAUCUGGCACGAUUGUGACUCUGACAGUGACUGACAACUUGGGAUUCACAUACACAUGCACACACACACAUACAUACACUGCUGUUCAGUUGUUGAAGUCAUGGCACAUUUUGUUCCGUUUUAUUAUGAUGUUCAAAUGUUAGUGUAAGACCUGUAGGCCACUGGACCCAUAAGGUCAGCAUAUGCAAAGGAAGGUGAGAAGGUGGAGAAAGGUGGAGGAAGGUAGAGAAUAUCCUAAAGAACAUGGAUCACCCACUUCACAACACCUUGAUGGACCAAAGGGCCAAUGGUGGUGGACGGCUCCUCUCUCUUCGCUGCAGGACAGAAAGAUUCAGAAGAUCUUUUGUACCAACAGCCAUUACACUUUAUAACUCUUGUGUAAAUAGUAGAUAACUGUUAGAGACAUGUCAAGAGAGACAACAGACAAUUUAAUUUCCCUUCAGGGAUCAAUAAAGUUCUUUUUAUUCUUAUUCUUAUAAGGCCCACACUCUAGGAGUGCCAUAGAAAUUGUCUACAAUAUCUCUUGUCACCACUGUGAGUGACGAUGCUACACACACACACACACACAUACACACACGUAGCCUACUUGUAUUCAGUUGGUGCAUAUUUGCACAUUUUGUUCAGUUAUGGUAUGUUCAGUUGUCAGUCACUUCUAUGACUGACAGUAACUAACAUAUAGGCUCAAACAAACAAACACACACAUACACACACACACACACACACCAGUUAUGUUAAAAUGUUGUUAAAGUGUUAAAUAAAAAGCUUUUAAUCAAUAAAGUUUUGUCUUUAUCCUGAUUUUAUAAUGUUACAUAUCACUCCAGGGUAUGUUACAACUAACCCUGACUAUGGGGUGAAUUGUAAUGAUUCACUGCUUGUGUUUGAGACUAAAUUAUGCGUUGUCUGUUUGUGUUGCAGGGGUAACUGCUACAGCCUUUCAUAGCAGACACACAUGAUACCUAGUUGGUAUCACAGUUUGAUGCAUUGGCUUCAAAGAGCUCUAAGAUACAGACAGAAAUGUCAAAAAUGUCGCAACCAUCCCCGGUCUCCCCUACUCAAACAGGACAGAUGAACCUCUGUUCAAUCGCCGUGGAUCGGUUUGAUAAUGUUCAUAUUAAUUCAUUACCUCCUCGUGUGUCUCCACCUCCCGUACACUGACGUCGCGCGGUGGUUAGCCCGUGACGCGCUCACGGCUGUAUUUUGCGUGCGGUGUCAGCGGCGGCGCUGCAGCUCAGGAGAAGAAGGAGGCGGAGGAGGAGAGCAGUCCUAUUGUCGGGUUUACAGUUACAGUAUCGCCUCACUGCUUCACAAUCUACACGGACAUUUCAGCUCAGAGAGCGCACGGACAAGUCACAGCUGGUUUGGCUUGAUUGUUUGGCGUUUUUCUCCUCGAACAGCAUCGCAAACCGAGACACUGACAGGAUCGCACCUGCUACGGAUCAUGAACAACAAAGCCUGAUCCAGCACGGCGCGGUGCGGCAUCAAACCCGAGCCAGGCUGCCAACGAAAGAUCGAAGAGAAACACACAUUAGAAAACCUCCGUGCUGCACACAGGGAGGCUGGUGUUGCAAGAAAAAGGUGUCUGUGCACGGAUUUUGCUGUUGGACCUCCAUAUUGCAGGCCGAUCAGAGACAAAUCGUGUCCUGUAGGUUUUAAUUAUAGCAACGCUUACAUGCGCGUCUGACUUUCUUUGGCUCGGGUAUCCAAAAGUAGGCGAUAUUUGAAGGGUGGAGGAGGCGGAGAAUACCAGGCCUCCACUGGGGUUUUAAUAAUUGAAUAACCCCCUCCAGGUCUGAUCAGGCUGAUGGUCGCCGUCUGCAGUCCUGUGUGUUCAAUGUUCCCUUAAAAUUGUCGAGAAAUAUGUGGGUCAGUCCCGAAGAUGUGUUACUGGCGGGCGCCUUAUGGAUCACCGAGAGAGCAAAUCCAUAUUUCAUCCUUCAGAAACGGAAAGGCCACGGGGACGGAGGAGGAGGACUGGCAGGUGAGUCUGAUUACUCAGCUGUCAUGGAUCAGUCCUUAAAAUGUCGAUAUUUCCUCUUCAGUUGAGAGUUUAAAAGGGUAACAGCUGAUGAAGAAGUCAGCUGGGGUUUAGUGUUGCUGUUGUUGGACAUCAGAAAACACAUGGACGGAUGGGUGAUGAUCACAUGACCUAUCAGCUGCUACAGGUGGCCUUUCACCUCAAUGUGCCUGUUAGGAAAGAUCAGCUGAAACCCUCUGAUUUUCUUACUUACUCAUUUCUUCAAACAGCCUGUACUUAAGAAUAAAUGUGCUGAAACCAAGUCCACUGUGUACCCUCUGAUCUUGUAAUUCCUCCUGAAAUCUGAUCAUAUUUAUUGUACACUGUUGUGAUCAGACUUUUCCUGCUGCAAGCGGACAUUAGCUCCCAACACUGUUGAGUUCGAGCUGGGUCUUUUGUGCAGAUGUUAAUGGCCGUGGAGUCCCAACAACAGUGCGUCUGUUUGACAACCAACCAGAGAGACUUGGUCUGUUUGCUUGCUCAUGCUGAAUCAUUCCCCGUCUUCCUUCCUUCCUUCACUAUCUCUUACUCCUCCCUCCUGCUUAUUCCAGCCAAAAUGGGUCAAGCAGCAGCAGGAGGAAGAUGAUGAAGAUGAAGAAGAAGAAGAGGAGGAGGACAGGAGGAGGGGGGCAGGUUAUGAAGAUGUAGGGCUGAGGUUUACACUUUAACAACCUGCAAUCCUGGUCUCGACAUCUCCGACAGUAUGUUGAGAUAUGGCUCAUUUUCAGACCUGGAUUUAUGUGGAUGCAGUUAAAAUGUGUAACUAAAGGGUUUACAAUAUGACCAUGAGCAGGAUCCAGCUUCUCCGCACUGCUGCUGUGUUAAAAUAGUGAACCGCACAGUGAACCUGGGACUUCUAAGUCCCCUGGUGGUCACAGGCAGGCUGACCUCUCUUGGCUAGUUGGUUGUGGGUCAUACCUUUACAGCUGUUAAUGCUAGACAUGUCACAUGUGCAGGAAACAUAUAGAAUCUGGACUAUUUAAUGGCACAGUUUUGGCCUUGAUACAGAUGUGAUUGACCAGUGCAGUUGAUCGGCGCAUUUAUCUCACUUACAGGAACCAAACCUUCUAGUUUUAUGUCAUGAUAUCACAAUGAGAUACUUCAGUGUUUUUCUGUAAACCGUCUGUUUUUGCCUUUCUGGGGUAAGGAAAGCUUUAUGGAAACAGCUGAUAGUGGCUGAUGUGGUGAGGAUUCAGCAGGUGUAAUUGUGCAUAUGCAUCAUCAGGUGGGCUAUCAGGGUGCUCCAUUACUUUUUUAAGAGGCUCAAUGAGAGUUGGCAUGUGGAUGCAUUAUGCAUGUAAAAAAACAUAAACCGAAUUUUAUCUACUUUUUGUCAUUUUAAAUAAAAAUGACUGAUUGUAAAGUUAGUCCCCAACUCACUGCUUUCUGUGAAGAUUAGAUCAGAAAACCUAAAAUGAAAACAUGAAACAAAUGAAGUUGUGUAAGAAGACAAUUCAGCUAAUUUGAUUAAUUUCAACUGUCAGAGUCUCAGUUCAGUGCUGCAAAAUCUCAAGUCUGAUCUAAUCAAGUCUGACUAAUAAUCUAAAGAUACGAUAAGAUUCAAACUUGACAGGAAUCCAAGUACAAAACUCUGGUAGCAAAUCCAGAUGAUAACAUUAAGGAUUAGACACUUUUUGACAUGAAUAAUUUAAACCGAGAACCAAACCAUCUCUUACCCGGCUAACACAAAGAGUGCUGAGUGCCGCCAGGCGAUGAUGUCAUUCUUAUGUAAAUGCUGAGAUUGCUGACUAGUCCUGUGUGCCAGUUGGCAUCGAGCACCCAGGGACCCUGGCAUUGUCCACCAGCUCUUCUUGCAGGGUAGGGAAAGAAAACCAUGAGCAGAGCCUGGAAAGAGAGAGAGAGCUGUGUACUGAGCUGAACACAGAUCUGCAUUUCUGACCCUGCAGGACCCAAGCUCUGCCGUCAGAACUCAUGGGGUUUGAUUCAAAGACAGCAGAUUUUUGUUUCCCUCCAUACAAUUCUGGUUGAUUUCAGAAACAUGAAGAGAGGUUGAGAGUUUGUGGAAUUGCUCUUAAGAAAAACUGAGAAAUUCCACAUCUUGAGAUAGUCAAUCAUCUCAUUAUCUUGUGUUUUGUGGUCUAGAACUUAGAGAAAUGUGGUCAUAAGAUAUCUCCCAAGCAUCAAUGAAAUCCCUGAGUCUGUCAAACUGAGAAUAUGUGGUCUCCGAAUUCAACUUCAGUUUAAUACUGAGAAGGAAAUGUCAACUGAGUAUAGAAGGUGUAGAUAUUUUCUGUAUCUGUGAAAACGACUAACAGAAAAUGUUAAUGUUUUGACUUAAUUUUAAAGGGAAUGACGUGAAAGCAGAAUGAAGUUUGUGUUUAACGUGAAUGAAAAUGUGAAAUGUGUCUGACCUGCACCAAGGCUGAUAAGAGUACUACACUAUGGAGGAUUCUGUUUGCAUAUCUACCUGCUCAUUGUAGACUAUCCCUUUGUGUUACUUCCUCUAAAAGGAAUGUUAUUUGUUUUUAUACUCAAAGGCUUGUAGAACAAUGAUGAUGCUCUAUUUAUAGUGUUUUGAUUAGUUGAAUAUAUAAAAUAUGUGCAGAGAAUAGCAAUAAACUGUCUGGUGGGAUUUAAAGGCACCCCUCUAGGUUUAAAACCAGUAAUAGUCCGAGUAUUAAAUCAGAGUGACAAGGUUUUUUUUAAGUGUAGUGCAUGUGUAAACAACACUAUCAGGUGUCACAAGGUCAGGAAAAACCUGUCGGAUUGUUUGAACAACCUCAAGACAACACAAUCUCAUAAAACCACAAUUUGACCUACAAGAAGAUUUGAAGUAGGUCAAACUGCAGUGUAGUAGUUUACUUCCUCACUCGAGUGGUUUAAUACAAUUUACAUGAUACAGUAAACCUACGAGGCGCUCAGCUUUUGACACUCAUUUAUAGUGUUAUUUAAUAGAGUUUGCAUGUGCAGAGACAGCAGGAGAGACGGUUCAAAAGAAGUCUCUCUGUCUUUGUUGUCUAUAAGUGGACACAGUGAUGGUGUCAUCAGAGAGGAAACAGAAUCAGGCUGUAAAUAAACUUAGAGUCAGGCUGUAAAUGACAUCAGAAUCAGGCUGUAAAUAAACUCAGAAUCAGGCUGUAAAUAAACUUAGAGUCAGGCUGUAAAUGACAUCAGAAUCAGGCUGUUAGUAAACUCAGAAUCAGGCUGUAAAUAAACUCAGAAUCAGGCUGUAAAUAAACUCAGAAUCAGGCUGUAAAUAAACUCAGAAUCAGGCUGUAAAUAAACUCAGAAUCAGGCUGUAAAUAAACUCAGAAUCAGGCUGUUAAUGACAUCAGAAUCAGGCUGUUAAUGACAUCAGAAUCAGGCUGUUAGUAAACUCAGGAUCAGGCUGUAAAUAAACUCAAAAUCAGGCUGUAAAUAAACUCAGAAUCAGGAUGUAAAUGACAUCAGAAUCAGGCUGUUUUUAAACUCAAAAUCAGGCUGUUUUUAGACUCAGAAUCAGACUAAAUAAAUUCAGAAUCAGGCUGUAAAUAAACUCAGAAUCAGGCUGUACAUAACGUUAGAAUCAGACUGUAAAUACACUCAGAUUCAGGCUGUUGCACAGUUUUAAACAGUGGCGCCUACAGAAUUAGACAAUGCAACAACUUGAAUCAUUGUUAAACACCAUAUUUCACAAUCUCCUUUAUUACCAAACAAUGUGCAGCUGAAAAUGGGUCAGAGCAGCAAAUGCUGACCACUUAUAGGUUAUCCGGUUAUCUCAAACUUUAUGACAUGUUUGACCUCUCUAGGUGUGGAGAUGUGGAGAAAUGAUGAACAUACAUUUGGUUUCAUACAUGGAGGCAGUGACUCUUGCAUGUAAUGAUUGAGGAUCACUCAGGUUUCUGUUAUUGGAUACAGUAUUGAUUUAAGUCUGGGGGAGAUUUUAGUCUCCCUGGUGUGUUCAGUGCAAACAUCCCCCACCGACAUCCAGCCCUUCUUUCUUCAGAAAGAGGAUGUAAACAAGAGGAAAAUUUUCCCCUUAUAGCUAUUUGUUUUUUGUUCUUCCUCUGAGUAAAUGUUAAAAAGUAACACAUGCAUAUCUAAACCACCUAAGGGCAGGUGCUGAGUGGAGCGAAAGUAUAACCACAGUAAAGAGAAGAAAACAGUGUACGAGCUCUUGUCUUCUAUCUCUUCCUCUAAAUGAAAACACCAACGUUUCAGGAAAGGUGAUUUGUUUUGCUCCGACAAUAGCGAGCUCUCAUUGGCUUCUUGUUUCUCAGAAAAGAGGCACAAAGCGUCACGUGAUUUUAUCACUUGUUCUUUUUAGAGGGAGAGUGUUUUCCAGCACCCAGAAAUAACAAGUGGAACGGUACACCCAUUACAGUGUCUGUUGUCUUUGCCCUGUCGGCUCUACACCCACUCUCUCAGGAAAGUAUUGGUAUAAAUGCAGAGGUGUGUGGUGGAAAAAGCAGUCACAUGGACUGUUGGGACUUGCUUGUACAUAAACAAACAGAGUCAAGUUUAAUCCGUAUUAGCAAAGUGUUUUCUUUCUUUAUGUCACUCUCUUGGUUCUCACAUAUGCAAGUCUGACUGGUUAAGGAAAAGGGUGGAUGUCAAGUGGUCUUAAGUUGUCAGUGGUCUCCUUUCUUCUAUGUAACCAGUUUCCUACACUAAACCUCAGCUCACACCUCUCGGGUUGCGCAUUUAACAUCCAGGUUUUCUGCGUUUUAUAAAAAUCCCCAAGACUCGAGGAAUGAUGUGUACUUGUGCUGUGAGAACAUCACUUUGGAAAUUCCCCUUUUUAGGAUGAAAAUACACUGAAAAGGCAUCACUGAGGUCAACGCCUGACUAACACUUCAACCUUUAAACCCAUCGAUUCUCUUUGUCAAAGGGGAAGUUGUCUUCACAUUAACAACAGUUGUUUGUUUCUCACAAAGGGAUGAAACCGAGGUGUUAGUUUCAGUGUGAUUGAACCCCCUCACACCCCCCACGUACACACAAACACACAAACACACACACAUGCAGUGAUAGAGACUUCUGUUUUAUUGACUCCUGCUGCCCUGAUGAUUGGCUUAAAAACAUGGACGUUUUAGAUGUCUGUGCAUUAUUGGCCUCACGAAAAGUUAAUGUUCGACAUAAUAAAAUCAUGUGAGUCUUGGACACACUGUGUUAACUACCUUUCUGUUGAGGUGCUUUAUUUUUGCAAAGAGAGGUUUACAGAGGGAAACAGGCUAAGGAGGAAGAGAAAAAGGAGUGGACUAAUGAAAGCGAGGAGUAAGAGAUCGUAACCAUAGUCUGGAGUCUUUGGGAAAUCUAUGCUGCAGGUCUAAACCACAAAGAUGCACCUGUUUUAUUGCAUCUCUUAUCAUGUUUUCAUAUAAAACAGAGAAACAUUUCAGCUUCCCUCACUUGUCUCCUCUCUCCCCCUCCUCCCCUCGCUCUUUGCUCGCUGUGACUCAUCCAGUGUUUGCCCUGAUGAGCUGCAGAACAAAAAUAACCUGUCUCUCUUGUGGUGGUUCGACGUAUACAGUCUCCACAGCAAGGACAGUAUGCAGUCACUGACAGCACUGCAAGUGUUUUGAAUCAGACAUCCAAAAGGCAUACGGCAGGUUUCUAAACUGCUUAUAAUUGUAGUAGCUACCACUUUUCUAAUCAGCCACUCUUCGCAAAAGGUUUUGAAGGUUUAAACUGCUCCAAGAUCAGUUAUAAGCCAUUAUUAGGGAACUGCUUUUCGGGGUUUACAGGAUGUGAAAAUCUUACUGGAGUUGGAGUCAUUGACAACCAGGAGUCAUGUCAUGAAUCAAAGGUUGUUUUUCAGUCAUUAUUUUGGGCCUUUUGAGUGUUUAUUGAGAGGACCGGACAGUUAAUAGACUCAGGAUUAAUGGACGGCAGAGGAGGAAAUGGCAGUAAAAAGCCACAGGAUUGUCGCCUCUAUACCGGAGAAACAGGUUUUGUCCUAAAGUCUAAACCAAUGCCCAAAAUGUGUUGAUUCUUAUCAUAAAUGAUAGAAAAUAAUAUGUAUAUAUAUGUGGUAUGUUGUCUUUGGAGGAAAGUAAUAUCCAAAAAAGAUUGUAGUGUUUUUGUUUUUGAUACCCCAAGAUUUAUAGAGCUGGUUCUCUUUUAUACAGCUGAUCAUCUUAUACCCCCAAUGUCUCUACAGUAGCCCAGAGAGGACAAACCAUCUAAUUGCUUGAUAGUGGGCCAAUAUUUUAAGUGUCAUGUCAGUCUUUUUUAUAUUGUAAAAGGAGUAUUUUUUUUACAUUUGGUAGGAAUCAAUAGACUUAUGAUGAGAUGCCAACAAACUGUUUCUUAAAACUCUCCAUGAAGGACUGCAGACAUUAAACUGUACCUCUGAGUGUUGUCUGGGUUCAUCAUGGACAAUAACUAUGUCUCCAAAAAUUUUCAGUAUGAAAAAAUCAAUAAAAAUGAUUUCAUGGAGAUUUUAUUUUGAGUUAAACCAGCAGAUUUUUGACCCCCAAGCUGUGAUCAAAUAUUGUAUUGCAUCUUAGAUAAUCAACAUCUCAGUUUUUUGUUUGUACUGUGCACGGUGUCUGGAUAACGUGUUCCUCCUUUGGCCUGAUUUUUAGCGUAAACACAUUAUGCGAGGGCCACUGCUCUUGCAGAUCAGUGAAAAAUACAACAUGUUUUAUCACCUCACCCACCUGCUCAGGAGUAUCAUUAAACUAAUUACUAAUUAAAUGUCCAACAUCAGGUUUCCCUAUAAUGAAACUCUGUCAUCAGUUUAACCUUCAUGGCUCUUUCUUGUUUUAUCACAGCGGCUCAUUUGUGCUCCUCCUCAGCUGAUUUUUCUCUUUGAUCACCUCUUCAGCUCCAUCCGUAGUUUAAGAUGCUUUCAGGGCCUUCAAAUAUCAAAAUCCCAUUUAGUGAUCAUGUCCACAAUAACAAGAUAAUCCUCAUAAAACAGCCUCACAUGGAGUAAUACAUAUGCAGAUCAGCUAUGCAAAUGGUAAACAAAAGCUUUAAUGUGGAGCAGCGGGAUGCUUUUCUGAUGUUUAAAUCUUGGACCACGAGACCUUGUGGGUUCCCUCUGUGCCUCAGCAUGACAAAACACUCUGAAAGUAUUAAUGUAUUUGAUUUGUUAAGCAACUCACAUGGUUAUUUAUGGUUGUUACAAAUCUGUAAGGGCUUUUGUUUCACAGCUGAGCAAAUUUAUAAGUUAACAUUUGUCAUGAGUUAAAUUCGGGGUGUAAAGUUUGUAUUGUUUUUGGAGCAACGCUGUAAGCUCUUUAUUUAUGCUUUCUUGAAAUCAGAAGUUUUUCCUCUUCCAAGUGUUUAAAGAUCUCAGAGUUUAUUUGUGUAUUUGGGCUUUUGCAGGUUUGCUGGUUGGGACCCUGGACGUGGUCUUGGACUCCAGUGCUCGUGUGGCCCCUUACAGGAUCCUGUACCAGACCCCAGACUCUUUAGUUUACUGGACCAUUGCCCAUGGUAUGUGCACUUUAAGUCUUGGUUAUUAAACAUAUAUUUAGAUGGAGGGAAAGUAAUAGCAGGGGAUAUUUAUCUGCACUUCCAGGCUGUUCAUGCAUGAGUUAUCGCAGUGUUAAACCCUUCUGUGUUUUUACCCCCUGCACUCCCCUCCCUAUUACACAACACGCAACCUUCAUCAUCCUCUCAUGUUGGCUGCUGGAUGCCAAGCAUUACACCAUGCUCCAGUGAUUUUAAAGGGAACAUGUGCAGAAAUCAGUGCUCGAGCGAUGGUUGUUGAGUUUUUCACCUUGAUGGAGCUUCUCUGUGGUCUACUGGUGUGUGACAGACUUAGCAUAUUCUGCAUACACAGAGCUUAACUCUCCAUUUUUUCCAGUUACACUGCUUUGUAGACAUUCUGCGAAAGUAAAUCAUGCAUAUUAACAGCCUCUCUGCAGAGUGAUUAGGAGCAGCACUCUCUCUUUCAUUUUGUCACUGAAUAUGAAAUGAUCCAAGCUGUGUGUUAGAAGAAGCUUUGACGCUUUCAACACACAGCCAGAGCUGCGAACAGUAACACCCACUUUCAUUCUGGGAUUCAUUUUUAAUUGCUGAUUAUUCCUCAAAUAAUCUCUUUUUAGUAUUUAAAUGUAUGUGGACAGAAAGUUUGGCAUACUGUUAAAGUUUUGCACUAAAAAUGCAUGAGGGAUUCGGCUUAUAGUUUGUGACAUGAAAACAGUGGAUCAUUGCAUUUCAAAUGCCUGCAAAAGUGAAUUCAUGGCACGUAGUCUUGAAAAGUUUGUUGAUUUUCAAAGAUGUUCAAUAAACUGCACAACAAACAGGGGUAAGAAGAGAUGCAAGAGUUCUGCUUGGAGAGGAUUUCAAACACAGAGACUGUUGAGGUUGAAUUCAAAGGGAAAUGUUCACAUAGGUUUUGUACAGAGGUUUCAAGAAGUGCGACUGUGUCUGUUAAAAAAAAGGGUUUUGUCGCCCUGGAGUGUCACUUGAGUCAGCAUUUGCUGGGUUUGAAGAUGUCAGUCUUGACAGUCCAGAGUGAAGCUGACCUGGAACAAACAAAACAAAAGGGUUCAUUGCUCAAGAAGUGAUGUGUUCUUAUAAGCUCAAAGAAAAAUAUGCAGCAAUAGAAACACAAUUUCAAGUCUCAGUCCUUAAUUUAAAGCCUGACUCUUUGUGGUUUCUAUCUAACUUUUGCCUUUCUAAAAUAUGCUCGUUAAUUUUUAUACACACACAUGUGCUGCCGUGCUUUAAAGUGUGUUUUGGCAUCUGUUCUGUUGUAGUUUCGAAUGUCAAAUUAAACAUAUCUAGUCCCCUGUCAAAGAUGUUUGUUCACUGUGUGAAAGAGUUGAAUUUAGCCGUUGUAUUCCUAUAUUUUUUCCUCUCUGAAAUGGAGGCCUACAAAAUACAAACUUGGCAUUUCUGAAAUGGCAAAUUGAUCCCCUCCUCCUCCCCCUCUCCACCCCUCCCAGUGCUUAAAUCCUCAGCACAGAGAUAGCAGCAAAGUGGAGCACUCUGGCAGACACAGCUAAUUCAGUGUAUGUGCACUCACUGGAGGCUGUGUGCAGCACUGUUGAGGGAUAAUGGUCCACGGAGGCAGCCAUUACUGCAACCAAUUUCUCCUCUGGCCAGGGAAAAAUCCUCUUAUAACCCUCCUGGUUACAGAAUUACAUUGGGCAUAUCUGUGUUUCAGUUAAAACAUAAAAUCAAACAAAUAUAUGUAAUUUUACUCUCUGCUCUUGACAAUUUGGCAUUAUGUGCCUAUUAUUCAGUUAAAGAGGAUCUGGAGAGUCACAGUUUAAAAUAUAAACUCAUUCAAAUCCUCAUCAUGAGCUUUAGUUUCCAUGACUUUAACAUAACUUUUGCCUAAUCUACUAAUCAGUCUUUUUGGUGCAUUGACUUACUCGACUCUGUCUUUUGCAGGAACCUCUCGUAAAGAAAUCACAGAGCACUGGGAGUGGCUGGAACACAACCUGCUGCAGACACUCUCCAUCUUUGAGAAUGAGAAUGAUAUCACAACCUUUGUCAAAGGAAAAGUUCAGGUGACUUUGUCUCGUUGUCUCUAAUAAAUAUUAUAGUUUGACUCUUGGGCUUCAAGCUCAAAGUGAUGUUUCAUGGUUGUGUAGUAUUUGUUCCAGCAUGAGAAUGGAUUAUAGAGAAUGUGAACCACACUUGAAGUUGUGUAAAUUAUUUGCUGUGCCCAUGGCUUUUUAAUUCGUCAUGCUUGUCGUUUAACAACCAGCAAGUAGAUCAAGUGAUAAAUUUAUCCUUAGCAUUUGCAAUAUUAAUAUAGUUAUGGUUCACAUUCAGUCUGACAAAAACUCAUCCUACAGACUUUUGACAGUCAAAUAUAUCAUUUAUUGGGAAUAUUCAACAAAAAUAUCUAAGAUGGGAAAUUAUUUAAAAAAUGGGCUGGCUAAUUAAAACUGUUAAUGUUGUCGCUGAUGAUCUAGUUUGUUUGUGUUUACUUUAUAAAGGACUCAAUAUGUCUGCAGUUACAUUCAGAAGAGUCAGAUAAAAACACAAAGGUUCACGAUUUGUCUGAAUAGUUCUCACUUAAAUUUUGCCCAUUUACUCCUGGCAGUGUAAAGCCAUCAUAUGAUUUUCACUUCCAAACAUCAGUCCCAGUCCCAUUAUCCAGUUCAGCUCACUGACUCAUACUUCUUGUCUGUUUCCGUUUUCCUCAGGGCAUCAUCGCCGAGUACAACAAGAAUCACGAUAUCAAAGAAGACGACGAUACCGACAAGUUCAAGGAGGCCAGCGCAAAGUUUCGUAAGCUGUUUGGGAUGCCGGAGGAGGAGAAGCUGGUUAACUAUUACUCCUGCAGCUACUGGAAGGGCAAAGUGCCACGGCAGGGCUGGCUUUACCUCAGCAUCAACCACCUCUGCUUCUACUCCUACCUACUGGGAAAAGAAGGUUCGACAUACAGCUGGUCUAAACACACACAGUCAGUUGUACGACUACUGUCUAUCCCUCCACCUCAAAGUUUUGUCUCUUUACUUUGAUUUCAUUUUUGCAGUUUAGUAACUUUUAGUACAAACUUUUUACACGUUUUACUUCUUCACAAAAACGAUCUUUGACCGCUCAAGAUUUCAGAUUUACUUGAUUAAGAAAAUAUAUUGAAAAGAUGAAGUGCUGUCCAAUAUCAAACCUCUGCUCUCCACCCCUCAGUAAAUUAUGUAAACAUAUAAUUGUAUAAUAUUCUUCAAAGCCUAUCCUGAAAGACCACUGAUUAGCUUAUCCUUUCAGUGCUGACGUCUCUGUCUCAAUCUCUUUCUGGAUUGGCAGUAAAACUGGUGGUGCGUUGGGCAGAUAUCACCCAGCUGGAGAAGAGCGCCACCCUCCUGCUGCCAGACGUGAUCAAAGUGAGCACCCGGGUCACCGAGCACGUCUUCUCCGUCUUCCUCAACAUCAAUGAGACGUUCAAGCUGGCCGAGCAGCUGGCUAACAUCGCCAUGCGCCAACUGCUGGACAACAAAGGCUUUGAGCAGGACCGCUCGCUGCCCAAGCUGAAGAAGAAGUCUCCGAAGAAGGUGUCAGCUCUCAAGAGGUGAGGAAGAAGAGAUACAGAGUAUUAACAUUUACUCACAAAUGAACGUUAAAUGGUUUUUAGGCACAUUUAUAAGAUUAAAGUUAAUUGAUCAGUAUAGAUGUGUGAUUGUUGGUAGAGCUGUUGUUCAGACCCUUCAGCACUAUAAGUGAAAGUCUAAAAAUGGAAUCCCAGUUUACUAAAACACAUUUAGUAUAUUGUUAAGAAAUAAAAAGAGGUGUUGUUUUGGCUGUAUCUGGUGUCCGCAAGCUUGUUGAGAUUUAAUGAUAUCCAAUUUUGCAUGGUCGGCAUGUUUUCUAAAAGUAUGACUGUGUUUCUCUACAGUGUUUUAUUUAAUCAUUCAGUCUGAAGGGCUUUUAAUAGUUGCUCUUGCAUAAAACAUAAUGUUCUUUAACAGAAGCCUCAUUGUCAUCCAUGCAAAUUUAAAUUAAAAAGAAGCAUUCAUACAGAGUUAAAACCAGAGUUACUUCUACAGGCAGUAUUUUCCUUACAUAAGUCUUGAUAUUUUGAUGCCGGAAUUGUGUUAAAAUCCAAACAACAAGCUGUUAGGUCAUAUCUUAACAUACUUCUGCUUUUUCUGUAGGGAUCUGGAUGCGAGAGCCAAGAGUGAGCGUUACCGAGCGCUCUUUCGUCUACCCAAAGAUGAAAAACUGGAUGGGCACACAGACUGCACUCUGUGGACCCCCUUUAACAAGAUGCACAUCCUGGGUCAGAUGUUUGUCUCCACCAACUAUAUCUGCUUCACAAGCAAGGAAGAGACACUGUGUAGCCUAAUCAUCCCGUUACGUGAGGUCAGUUGUUCUGUCUUCACUUUUGAGUCCGGUUAUUAACAGCUUUGGAGAUUGCAGGUUGUGAAAAAAUAAGCGCUAUGACCAAAAUCUGUGGUGUUUCAACGCAAACUAGCUAUUACUAACAAAAUGCUGGAAAUCAACAUAGCACUGUCUGCUCGAGACCAACCAGUCAACUGGACAGGGAGUUACAAUGACAAACAAUUAAAGCUAAUUUGAACAGCUGACACUAUAUGGCAUUAAGUUUUGAAAUUUGUUGUUAGAUUGUGUAGCAUCUUCUGUUGCAAAUCAGUUCACAUAAGGAUCAGUUCACAUGAGGAUUUACAAUAUUAGCAAAUUAGCAUUAGCAGUGUCAGUUAGCUCACGUACAAUAAGUCCAGAUGGGUUUGGGUUAGGGUUCGUCAAUGUAGAAAAUAUUCACUUAAUACUAAAUAUUAGUUUGGUCUGAAAUCAUAACUUUAAGGAUAUGGCGUAUUUGCUGUUACUGUGUUUUCGUGGUAGCUAAGGGUUUCCAUUUGUUCUUCCAGGUCACUAUUGUGGAGAAGGCAGACAGCUCCAAUGUGCUGCCCAGCCCACUCUCUAUCAGUACCAAGAACCGUAUGACCUUCCUUUUUGCAAACCUGAAAGACCGAGACUUCCUGGUCCAGAGGAUUUCUGACUUUCUGCAGCAGACCAGCUCCAAGAUCUACCUGGAGAGGGAACUCACUGGGAGCCUAAAUAGCUCAGACGAUGAGGUAAAAAACUUGUUUUGAUGCUGGCACAUCCAGAGAACUGUAGAAACUAAUGCAUGUACUCAUAGACAGUAGGGGUUAUAGUAACUAUUUAGAAACUUUUUAUUUGCACAUCUCCUCCAGGUUUAUUCCCAGCAUGGAUCCCUGCUCUCUAGCAGCCCACAGCACAGCCUGGGCUCAGAAAGCGAGCGUACGUUUAACCUCAACGACAGCAGCGUUCCUACCGCCAGACAGGCCCUCAUGACCAUGUGGCGCAGCCGCUCCCCUGAGGAGUUCAAUCCAAAGCUGGUGAGUUUCACCCCCUUUUAUUUAGUAAAUAUUAAAGCAUUUAAUCUUGUCAAGCAUGGUCAAGAAGGCUUGUCUUAUGUAAAUACGUAUAAAACCCUUAUUUAUUCAGCCUCAGUCGAAGGCUUUUCGAAAUCUCGGACAUUUCUGCUUGCCUUCCCAUAAUUGGUAAUUUUACAGCGCUAUACUGUAUGGAAAUUAAGCUGCAUGAAGGAUUACAACUAACAACAACUUAGCAGGACUCUUUUGUGCAAGACUGUGUAUGAUUAAAGCAUAACAUUUUUUUAGCCUCAAUUUAAUAGGAGAGUCGCCCUGUAUUAGUUUGUAUUAGUCGUGCUUUCUUCAAGAAAUUAGUCUAUUAAUAAGUAUAUAAGCCCAAACAGCAGUUGUGGAACAGUCAAAGCACAAUUGUAUCAUAAAAAGUUGCUGGUUUUCUGCCGAAGCUCCUUUGUCUCAGAUAUUGUUUUCCCUCUUUGCUCAGGCAAAGGAGUUCCUGAAAGAGCAGGCAUGGAAGAACCACUUUGCAGAGUAUGGGCAGGGAGUGUGUAUGUACCGCACAGAGAAAACCAAGGAGCUGGUCCUCAAGGGGAUUCCUGAGAGCAUGAGAGGAGAGCUGUGGCUGCUCUUCUCCGGUGAGUAAAUGUUCAGGGAGGCCUCAAGUAGACGCACAAACAGACUGUGAAUGAUUCAUCGUCAUAUACACUGAAUGAAUGAGAAACCACACCCUGUAUUUUACGUGAUCACCUUUAAUCAUAGCGUCACAUGAUUUUUUACCACCCUGUUCACCCUGUAAAGAUAUGAUGUAAGGAGCCAGUGUAAGACAUGAAUACUAAAAGUACCUGUUUAUCAUUUUAUCAUUAUGUUAUCAUUAAACAAAGUUAAAGACUUAAAAAAAAAUGUUGGUAAGACUUUCUAUGAACCCACAUCUUAUAAUAAACAUGUAUUUAUCCUUAUAAAUGCCUCUAUAAGGCUUUAUAACAACAUCUUAUGAGUGAUACAGGCAUUUAUAACAGCUUAUAGUUGUGUCUAUGACGUGUGAUAUUCGGCUCACUUGACGGAGGCGGUGUCUCCGAUCUUUGUCAUACUUGUGAAAGAGUUGAUUCCUGGUACCCAUAUGAUUUAGUAUACCUUUCUAUUCACCUGAAUUUCUCCUGUCUUUCUCAAGCUAUCCUAUUAAAUGAAGACUAAAAGACCCCCCCACCCAAAAAAAGUGUGUGCAACUAUAUUAAUCAAUACGACUCAACUUAUUUUUGACGUCUUAAGUAAGUGGGUUGCUUAAAAUUAGAGGCAGUGAUCUCAGCUAACUGCGUACAAAACCCUUAAAACCACAGUGUACACAGUGUGAUCCAUGUGUGCGAAGCACUACAUUCAAACUCAACAAUUAAACAGACUGACGUAGACACAACUCGUGGUUUGACAACAUGCUCUUUAGUCAGGUAUGCACUCGCUCCAGACUUUCCUGUUUGCAGGCCUGGUCAUGUGUUACGCACCACUUUUACUCAUUCUCACCUGAGUAACUCUGGAUCACAAACAGCCUCACACAUUCUCUUCCCCUUGACCCAUUUUUCUUACCUUACCUGCUCUUUCUCAAACAAAUUUUACUGAUCUCCUGCAAGAAAAAUAUUGACAUAGUUUGUUUUUUAAGCUUUUUAACUAGAGGCUGCUUGCUACAAUGCACUCUUCUGACAUGGGAUUGUCUGUUUUAUAUGUAAAGAUGUCAAAAUACCCCUAGAUAAGAAAAUGACAGCAACUCUUGUUGACACAGAAACUGGUGUCUGUCUUAUUUCUCUUUGACUGUAAUUUUAGGGUUGAUUCAGAAAAAUCUCCCAAAUUUUUCUGUAGUUACUUCUUUAUUUGGCUCUUUUAAACUACAUAAAGACGCUACUUUCUCUCUAUAUCUCUGUAUAUCCAUUCAGCUAUUAGCCUUUUGGGAUUAAUUAUUUAGUGCCUUUAUUUUUGAUGUUUCCUUUUGAAUAAAUCUUGACAAUGAGUGUAGUAUUUGGUAUUUUGGUUAUUUAGAGUUUUAAUAUUUGUUUUACAGGAGCGAUCAACGAGAUGGCCACCCACCCUGGAUACUACGAGGAUCUGGUGGAGAAGUCGAUGGGUAAAUACAACCUGGCCACAGAGGAGAUCGAGCGAGACCUCCACCGCUCCCUCCCUGAGCACCCGGCCUUUCAGAACGAGAUGGGCAUUGCUGCCCUCCGCAGGGUCCUGACAGCGUACGCGUUCAGAAACCCCAACAUUGGAUACUGUCAGGUACACACACUCACACAGACACACACUUUUGUUCCGCACUGACAGAGACCUUUAGGCUUUGGCGUUACUUGAAUUCUAAUCCUCUGUGUCUCGACACCACAGGCUAUGAAUAUUGUGACCUCUGUGUUGCUGCUCUACUCCAAAGAGGAGGAGGCGUUUUGGCUGCUUGUGGCGCUCUGUGAGAGGAUGCUGCCAGACUACUACAACACAAGGGUCGUAGGUCGGUAUAUGUUUGUUUUCUUUCUAUUUUACAUGUUUUUGACUGACAGGUUUUCACUUUACCUUAAUGUUCUUUUUUCCUUUCUUUAGGGGCCCUUGUGGAUCAGGGUGUGUUUGAGGAGCUCGCCCGUGAAUAUGUCCCUCAGCUGUACGACUGCAUGCAGGACCUGGGCGUCAUCUCCACCAUCUCCCUGUCCUGGUUCCUUACCCUCUUCCUGUCUGUCAUGCCAUUUGAGAGCGCUGUGGUGGUGGUGGACUGUUUCUUCUAUGAUGGCAUCAAGGUCAUUUUUCAGCUGGCGCUCUCUGUGCUGCACGCCAACAUCCACCAGCUGCUGGGAUGCAAGGAUGAUGGAGAGGCCAUGACUGUACUGGGCAGGUAAGCAGAGACUGAGGAGACGAAACAUCAAGUACUUGUUUUUACUGUCUGAUUACAAAUGUAACAUAACCUCAGAGAUUGCCGACCUACAUAACGAUACUGUAAAAAGGUAUUAAAGGGAUAUUCCAGCGAAAAAUUAAUUAACAGUACAUAUAGGGUCCUAGCCACAGCACCAGCCACCAAACAUCUUUUCAACUUUGCCUUAUUUCUUUAGCAAAGAGACUGAACAAAACUCACCUACUCUCUUCCAGCAGCCGCUUGUUUGUAGCAAGACCUCAGGCGAGUCCAUUACAGACUACAGUGGGGUGCCGCAGCUCAUGGAAGAACAUUUCUGAUCAUUUCUUUAUCAUUUCCUUGAAGUAAUAAUCACCAUAUUAAUCAAUUUGCACUGCAGACGCGGUAGUUCUUCUGCCUUAGCGUCUCGGUCUGAUUGCAUUUCUAUGAGGAAAUGAUCAUAAAUGUUCUUCCUUGAGCUGCGUCACCCCGCUGUAGUCCGUAAUUGACUGGCCUGAGGUCUCACUACUAACAAGCGGCUGCUGGAAGAGAGUAGGUGAGUUGUGUUUAGUCUCUUUGCUAAAGAAAUCAGGCAACGCUAAAAAGAUGUUUGGUGGCUAGUACUAUGGCUGGGACCCUAUAUGUACUGUUGAUGAAGUUAGGUGCUGUUCUGAGCAUUAUUUGUGGCUAUAGAGUGGCGUUUUGGUUAAGGUUUGUUUAUGGCUCCUCAAACCGCUGUGUAUUGCUAUCCUGCGGUCGUUACUAAAGUUUGUAUAACUAGAGAAGCAAGCGCCUAGCAACAUUCAUCUCUCGAGGGGGUGUCUAACUCGGUGUGUCUGACCCUAAAUUGAUUUUACGCCGGAUUAUCCCUUUAAUGAGCUAUUCUGAUAUCUCUGUCCUGUAGGUACUUGGACAGUGUGACUAACAAGGACAGCACCCUCCCUCCAAUCCCCCACCUGCACUCCUUGCUGACAGACAACGGAGAACCACAUCCAGAGGUUGACAUCUUCAAACUGAUUCGCAGCUCGUAUGAGGUAUUUAAGUUUGAUGAUAAAUCAAUGUGUGUUUUUUGUUUUGUUUUCUUCUUAUUUUUCUUCUUUUUUAUUUUUCGACAGUCAUGGUUACAGCGACACGCAGGGACAUGCUGAAAAAGCUUCACAAUUGAGUUUUGUUCACAUUUGAUCCACACUCUCACUUUCUUUAAAAACAGAUACAUGAGUGUGUGACGCCUCAAUCACGCUGUGUUUGUGAACCCAUUCAUUCAAUUUGUAAUGUGUGUGCUUUCAGUGAAAAGAAAUUUUUUAGUCCAUAAUCUAGGAUCUGGAUACGGACUAAAUCUAACGGUUAUCGUCUCACUGGGCGCCCUGCUGUCUGCUCAUGAUCAUGCUAUUAAAUACAGGCACUCUUUUUGUUUAAACUGCGUGAAGAGACUUUCCACCUCGAUUUGGAACUUUUAUAUCUUCCUGUUUUUUCCCCUUUUUUUACGUCAGAAAUUUGGAUCGAUCCGUGCAGAUGUGAUUGAACAGAUGCGUUUCAAGCAGAGACUGAGGGUCAUCCAGACCAUUGAGGAUACAACCAAACGCAACGUGGUAAAGACCCGCCUUGUAACUUUUAUAUUACAAAGAGUAGCUUUACAUUUGAUAAAAACAAAGAAAUAAGAAUAAGCAUUACAACGGUUCAAGUCCUGGACAGAGAUAAUAGAAGGAAAAAAGGUUGUUACUCUGUUAAUCAUGGUAAUUCAUGUUCAUAUAAAUAGACCGGUACAACUAAAUCCUUAGCUAUAAGAAAGGAUUUUUACUUCAUCAUCAAGCUUGAAUACAAAUAUAAGAACUUUAUUGAUCCCCAAUUGGAAAUUUAACUGUCUGGAGUCUCAUGUCAUCAUGAUAUGAGAUAAAAAAAAAAGGUUUUAGUCAAGAUGCUUGUUUUCUUUUAUCAGUUCUCAAAUUUUGUGACAGUCCUUUUUUGUGUACUCCUUAGACAAACAGACUUAAUCUCUUUUUUGAAAUAUGGCCAUGACAUCUGUAAAGUUAAACAGGAAGAACUUGGGAUAUAAUGAAAUGCUAUUGUGAAUAAUUGUGGAUAGAUUUACUGUAAUUUGUCUCCAAAAUAUUUGAGAGUAGGGCAUUUCCUUUUCAUAUGAAAGAACAGGCUGUCUCCUUAUUAGUGCUGACACAAACCCCUACUGUCCAAAUGCACAAGUUUGUGUUUUCCUACUUACUUUGUUUGUGUCAAGUUAAAUAUCCUGAAUAAUACAAACUGAUGUCCAAUAUUGGACAUUUAAAAUCCUGUAGAUUUGAUUGUUUGUAUUUUCCACCAGCUUACACUUAUUUAAAAGGAAAAGUUGGUUAAUUUUCAAGAAAGUACAGACAUUUUAUCCAUCUGUGUUUACAACAAAGUUGUUGCCAUACCCUGUCAUGAAUAUAACAGCAAAGAAACAACAUAGCAUUCUGACUUUACAAGGCUGCUGGUUCCUCGAGCUUCAUAACCAAACAAGCAGAAUUUCUUUGUAAUUUAAGGUGUUUAAUUUUAAGUCUUCUAUUUAAACUGACUAAUUAUGUCCCGUUCCAGGUCAGAACAAUUGUAACAGAGACCGCCUUCAGUAUUGAUGAGCUGGAGGAACUCUAUGUGCUCUUCAAGGUGAGUUACAGCUCCAGCUGACUGCCUGCUGAACCAAAGAUGAAGUAUAAUCAGGAAAUCAGUCAUUUCUUCUACACACAGUGAAUAAAUAAUACUCGAUGAGGUCUCACUUAAGUGCCUUAACUUUCCUCUAGCGUGAGCUUUUCUUGUGCUGUUGGCAUUAAUAAACACAUGGUAAAGAUUUAUUUUCCACUUUAAUGGCUUUAAUUUGUCCCUAAUGAUUCAGAUUAUUCAAGAUAGAGUUGCUCUCUUAUUGUUACUGUGUGCUGUAUUUAAUACAAUUGGGUACAGCUAUGCAAAGUGUGAUUGUUAAUUAGUUAAGACACUUUUAUUCCUGGAAUUUGAGAGGAAACUGAGAGGAGAAAUAAACUCCAGCUGGUCAGUCUUUUUUUAUAAUGAAGUACUAUUGAUUUGCAUUUAGUGUUUCACAGUGGUCCUUCCUGUCUCUUCUCCUCAGGCAGAGCACCUGACCAGCUGUUACUGGGGUGGCAGCAGUAACCCCACAGAGCGGCACGACCCCAGUCUGCCUUAUCUGGAGCAGUACCGCAUCGACGUGGAGCAGUUCAAAGGCCUCUUUAACCUGCUGUUCCCCUGGGCUAACGGAGCCCACUCAGACCCUCUGGCCCUACGCCUCUUCCGCCUGCUUGACCAAAACGGAGAUGCCCUCAUCAACUUCAGAGAGUUCAUCAAUGGCCUGGGUGAGCAAAGUAACACUACUCUAGCAACUAAUGGUUGCAGCAAAGUUCUGUACCUAAAGAUCGAUGCCUAAUGCUGCUGUGGUUUCACUGGAAGUAGCUCAGAUUCGUCCAGUCUCUAAAGCGUGCUGUCAUGUGCAGGGGUCCUGUGUCAUGGAGACCUGACUGAGAAGCUGAAACUCCUCUACAAGAUGCAUGUGUUACCUGGUAAGUCUGAAAUCCAUCCAAAGUCUUUAAAUAGAAGCAGAAGAUUUAUUUUUACAGCAGUAAAACAAACUGUAGGGGAGAGUGAGUCAAGUUUGAGCGCUUUGUCUGCCUUCACAGAGUUAAUCUCUUCCUCAGGAUUACAUUCAUCAUUCAUAAAACGUUUUAAACUACUUACUGUAUAUGAGAUUCAGUCUUUAACUUAAUUGAUACUUAGGCUUGACAUUUAUUAAUAUUUAGGCAAGCUGAACAAUGUUCACAUUAUUUCACUGCCAGCAUUUGUAUAAAAGGUUUUUAUGAGACCUAAUUCUUCUGUGGAAGGUCCUUCUCUAAAAUUGACUUUAUGGCCAUAAUUUUUAACGAGGUUACAAAUUUAAACAUAAAACCGUGAAAAGUGGCUCACAUGAUGCUCCUCAAAAAUGGAUUUUUAACACAGUCUUGAUUCCUUUUCUCCCAGAAAUCACCCAUGAACAGGAGGAGCCUGACUCUGCCUUUGAGGCCACUCAAUACUUCUUUGAAGACAUCACUCCAGAAACAUCCAUCGGUAAGUGUGUUCAUCAACACCCACUGUUUAAAGUGUGUUACAUUAUAGCUGCACCUGCAAAGAGGUUUAGAGACUCUACCAUAAUUAAGAGUUUAAAAUUGCGACUAAAAUUGUGAAUCUUUAUGCAGUGAUUACAAGCACCAAAAAAUAUAAGAUUAUUCCUGAUGUGAAAAUACUUGUUGUGUGUCGGUUAUCAUGUUAUGUUCACAAUGAUGAUAGAAAUCAUAUUUCUCCAGUAGAGGAAAAGUUUUGUGGUAUUUCGCACUGUCACCACUUCAUUUACUGCAUUCGUUCAGCUUUUUAGUGUUCAGUGUUUUACAUUGAGCACUGCUACAUGAUUCAUCUGCUGUGCUGAUAAUCCAGAUGAUGAAAAGAGCAGAAAUAUGGCUAUAUACAAUCCAACUCGUGUUUUAUGGGCUUGCCAUGUAAACUGCAGGGCUCAUUGUGGACACUGGUUUCAGUCUGCAGUGUCCACACUGUCAGUGGUAGAAGAAAAGUAAAUUCUUUGAUAAAGCUGUUGUGUUGGGUUCCAAUUAGAUCGCACAGGUGUUCAUAAUGUGAUGGCGGAUGUGUUUAAGUGUCUUUAGCUCUAGAGGGUGCAACCAAAAGCCACUGAUAUUUGACUUCACUCCCUCUCCUUUCUCUCAGGAAAUGACUCAAAGUGCAGAAGUGAGAGGGACGAUGGCUUUGUCAGAGUUACAUUCAAGACUGAAAAAGGUGAGCAUUACAGCAGAGGACAAAUAAGUCAACAUGUAAAGAACUAACAGAUUCCUAUCUACUUUGUGUUUUUUAUCACAUCACUUCAUUUGAUAUUUCAAGUGUGCAAUUGUCUUCAAACUCCUGGAAAAAUCCUUUUUGAUGUUUCUUAUAUGUUCUCUGUUUACCUUGCAGUGAAGAAACUGAACACUCCUGAAUAUCGCCAUUACCUGAAGCUGUGGAACCAGGAGUCAAAACCUAAACUAGAAAACAUGAAGGACCUCCCAAAGCUCAAUCAGGUACAGUAUUGAAUAGAGAGUGCUUCAUCAGAUCAGCUGUUACAGUAAGGUGGAACUGACCUCUUUAUCUUUUGUCCAACAGAGCCAGUUCAUUGAGCUUUGUAAGACCCUGUACAGCAUGUUCAGCGAGGAUGCAGCAGAACAGGAGCUCUAUCACGCCACAGCCACAGUCACCAGUCUGCUGCUGGAGAUGGGAGAGGUGGGGAAGCUAUUCUCCUCCUCCUAUUGCAGAAAGGAUCACAAUAUGGAGGGGAAACCAGAGACAAGCAUGUGCAGGGGAGACGCUGCAGAUCUCAAAACCACCCAAGAGGCCAUGUCUGGCAACACUUUCGCCCCCACAGGUCUUGAGAACAAGCCGAGCCUGUGCGACGAGUCAAAAGGGGAUGAGCAGCUGCCGCCUAUGCAAGACAUCAAACUGGAGGAUUCAUCCCCAAAAGACACGGGCACGUCCUCCGCGAUGCUCAUCUCAGAUGAUGAAACCAAAGAUGACACCUCGAUGUCGUCGUACUCGGUGCUGAGCGCAGGCUCCCAUGAGCUGGAUGAGAAACUGCAGUGUGAGGACAUUGCAGAUGACACAGUGUUGGUGCGCAGUGAGGACGCCCCAAAUGAGGAGAGAAGUAGCCGACCCUGUGGCGGUGAAUCCCAGGACCAAGGUCUCCCUCACAGCACCAGCAUUGACAAAGACUGGGCCAUCACAUUUGAGCAGUUCCUGGCCUCCGUGCUUACUGAACAAGCCUUGGUGCAUUAUUUUGAAAAGCCCGUAGAUGUGGCAGCUCGGGUAACAAACGCCAAGAAUGUGCGCAAAGUUGGGCGCCCCCUGCUGUCCACAAGUGACUAUGAGAUCUCACUCUCUGGCUGAGGCCUUUUUAACUGAGAUUUACACAAAGACUUUGCUAUUUCAAAGGGAAAUGUUAAUAUCGAAGUUAUUGGUGUGAAAACGUCCAUGAGUUUUAGAAGAGAAUGAAGGUAAAUAUAAAAAGUGUGUGUAUGAUAGUUGAAUGAAUGUGACCAAAAACUGCUCUUAGCGAUGUAUUUUACCAGAUGUGAAAGACUUUUAUUAUAACAAUCACUAGAUUCUGUCCAGCUAAGAGGGAACAGAACAUGAAUAUUAAGGUUUGCUCCGAUGAAAUUCAGUGUGAACAUGUAGUAGCUGUACUCUAUAAGACAUUAUGCCUAGGUGGUAAUAUUGUAAUCUUUAGCUCUCUUAGGAUACAUAGAUGUAAAUGUCCACAGAUACAGAACAAACUGAGAUAUUGAUCGUCUGUGUACAGUCACCAAACAUGAAACCUGGUCAGGCUCCUGUUUUCUUACAUUACCAUUCCAUUUGCUGUUAAUGUUUCUUUUUAUUUUGUUUGUCUCUGAAAAACUACCCAAAAAUCACAAAACAAAGCUGUGAAAAUUCAAUUACAAGGUGGAUUUUCAUGUUACAGUGUAUAAACUAUUCUCUCUCACACACACUUUGACUUCCUCAACAUUCACUUGCCAAAAAUAAUGUUCAGAAAAAUGGUACCUGUGUAGUUUUCUCUUGGUAAUAUUUAUGAAUGGAAACUCACAAAAAAAGUCAAAAUAAUGGAGACAAAGUUUAACUUUAUCCAGAGAAACCUGAUGGUCAAAUCCGAUGGAAGUUAAGAGUGAUUACACUAAACAGUACUGUUAAAUAAAAAGUCUGCACUUUAUGUUUACAGAAUAAUGGGAUUCACUAACCUGUUUGCUUGCCAUCUAUUGUUGUCAGCACUCCAAACUAAAAUGUCUGCCUUUUUUUUAUAUUUGACAUGUUUUCAUCCUUUUGCUCGGUGCGUUUUUACACUGCUGUUUUAAAUGUGAAUAUUUUUAUUUUUCGAUGUCCAGGCGUUGUGUCUCUGGAUUUGGAUGCAUUGUGUGUAUCACUCCAUCUAAUUAAAGUAACAGUAUGAUUGAUUCAACACUGCACAGUACAACACCUCAGGCCUGUUUCAUUGUGUUCACCAGACCAUGUGCCAUUAUACAACCAACUACACUGAGGGUUACUGCCACCUGGUGGAAGAUCAUUGACCACUUCAGCAGAAUACAAAUACUGUAUAUAAGCACAUUAUUCUCUAUUCCUCUGAGAUAUUUUUAGAGAACUAAUAAAGUCACUUUGAAUUAAGUCACAUAUUUUAACUGCGAUGACAGCUGGAUAUGCACCGUAAUUAAGUGACAGUGACCGUCCUUUUCAUUCAAGCGUUUUACUUAAAUUCAUGUAACAUAUACAUUUCAAUUUCACAGUUUCACUAAAUUUACUGAAGAUUAACUCGGAAAAAAGGUAAUCUGAGAUUUAAUUACCAUGUUAAAAAAAUAACUUUUCCACUCAAAGAUGAUUAUUAUAAUUGGUAAAUGAAAGUCCAAAAAAUUCAAAAGCACUUUGCUGACAGCUGCUCUCCUGUAACAUAAUGAGCUCUAUUACUUACAGUUUCUCAUGUGUAAUAGUUACAUCUGUACCCUGUGACAAGGUGUUUUCACACUUAACAGUAAAGAUGAGUAACUAUUCUGGAUAUUUCCUCUGCCAAUCACAGGAUAAAUUUAAAGAAUGAAUACAUUACAAACAACUGGAAAUGGAUUAAGAGGCCCAAACACUUGCAUCACUCUCAUCUGAUCCUGUUCAAGUAUUUUUAUAACAUCUUUAGAGACUGGGAAAAACAUGGCAAGUAUGAGCAGCUAUCACCAAGCAGGCUGUGUGUUGUGAUGUGGAGCAGGAACAUUUGUAUCAUUAGUAACAGCUUCACCUAUCUUGUUUGAUCAUCCGAAUGCAUAAAGCUCUCACAGGGUAACAGGGCCCCUCUUUCAACACAUUGGGGAUGUGGCUCAGGUUGACCAAUCAUCAGAAAGC